GGAAAAAAAAAAAAAAAAAAAUCUGGGAAAGCGAGGGGUUGGGCUGAGCCGCACUUGGGAUACCGCGCGGACCAUCUGCUAGGACUCGGGCCCGGCGUCUGCUCAGCCCAGGGGCCCCGCGGACUUACCACCAUGGAACCGCGGCCUCGUCUCGGGGCCACCUGUUUGCUGAGCUUCAGUUUCCUGCUCCUCGUCUCUUCUGAUGGACAUGUUGGGCUUGGAAAGGGUUUUGGAGAUCACAUUCAUUGGAGGACACUAGAAGAUGGGAAGAAAGAAGCAGCUGCCAGUGGAUUACCCCUGAUGGUGAUUAUCCAUAAAUCCUGGUGUGGAGCUUGCAAAGCUUUAAAGCCCAAAUUUGCAGAAUCUACAGAAAUUUCAGAACUUGCCCACAAUUUUGUUAUGGUAAAUCUUGAGGAUGAAGAGGAACCCAAAGAUGAAGAUUUCAGCCCUGAUGGGGGUUAUAUUCCACGAAUCCUUUUCCUGGAUCCCAGCGGCAAGGUGCGGCCUGAAAUCAUCAAUGAGCAUGGAAACCCCAGCUACAAGUAUUUCUACAUCAAUGCUGAGCAAGUUGUUCAGGGAAUGAAAGAAGCUCAGGAAAGGCUGACGGGUGAUGCCUUCAGAGAGAAACAUCUUGAAGAUGAGUUGUAACCUCAGUGUAUCCCUUCUUUCAUCAAAGUUAUUGUUCUGGAAGGAAAGCCGCAGGGGAGGGAAUAUUGAGGAAUCACUCAGAACAUUUAAAUGGAUCAGGAAACCUUGCUCCCGCCUACAGGGAAGGGGCCUCACUGUGGAGGAAUUUCUGCCGCCAGAAGCUGGUUUCCAUGUUCGUGGAUCCAGCAGAGUGUGGCAGACAUCCCUCUCCUGUCCCCUCUCACCAAAAUGUUUCUCUGUCAUUAAAGGUAAAGAAUAACACCUUUUGACACAAAACUUGAGCCAUUUGGAGUUUUACUCCUCACACUGCAGUAUUUAAAUCUUGUCAUUUCCUUCUGCUUUACUCACCUUGGUGGUGAAAACAGAACAGAAGCAUCUUUUCUAUAAUGUUAAAAUUUCAGCAAUAGCUUAUCAGUUAAAACAACAAAUCCUAAAUGUAAAUCAGUAAUUCUACCCCCCUCCACAGCCCCCCGCAAGGGGACCAGCCUGUUUCUUCUCUUUUUCUCCUGGGAGUAAUCUUGGGCUUCUUCCUGAAUCCCUGCAUCUUCCUUCCUCUCCUCUGGCUUGGCUUCCCUGUUUGCACGCAUGCACUUGCAGGUUUGGCUGUGUGCGUGGACUCAGCCCCAGCUGGAAGUAUGCUUUCCCCUGUUACUGUUGGAGAAAACUCAAACCUUCAAGCCCUAGGUGGAGCCAUUUUUGUCAAGUCGUCAACUGUAUUUUUGUACUGGGGUUAACAAAAAAAAUGAAAAAAUAUUAAUUGUUCCAUUACACUUUAAUAAAACUUUGAAAGGA